AGUAGGAUCCAAAUCUUUUCUUUAUUUUUGUUCUUUCAAUCCAAAUGGAAAACACAUCACAAUCAUCUGAGGGAAACUCUUCUUCUUCUUCAUCUGCAGUAAUAGAUUCUAGCAGUCCAUAUUAUCUUCAUCCCUCAGAUUCUCCAGGAAUGAAUCUUGUGAAUUUCAUUUUCGAUGGAACUAGUUUUGCUGCGUGGAGAAGGUCCAUCAUUAUUUCUCUAUCAGCUAAGAACAAGAUGAGUUUUAUUGAUGGUUCUGCCGAAAUACCAUCUGCUGAUACACCUGAGUUCAAGUUUUGGACUAGGUGCAAUAACAUGGUUUGGUCAGUCCAAUGGAGCUCAACUCUAUCACCUUCAAAAAGGCCUCACAGAUCUGAUGCAAGGAACAACUGAUGUAGCAGGAUAUUUCACAAGAAUCAAGAGGAUUUGGGAUGAGCUGGAUGCUCUCUCCAGCGGAGAAAUAUGUUCUUGCAACUGCACCUGUGGAGGAAAGAAGAAAGUAGUCAAAUCCAAGCAGGACGAAAGAUUGAUCCAAUUUCUAAUGGGACUUAAUGAUGUUUAUGCAGCAGUAAGAAGCAACAUACUCAUGAUGUCACCUCUCCCAAAUGUGAAUCAUGCGUACUCUCUCCUCAUUCAAGAUGAGAAACAGAGAGAGGCAUAUGUUA